UUUUUCCAACUUUUGUUUACGUUUUUAUUGGACUUAAUUUUAAACUUUUAAAUAAAUGGAGUCGCUCGCCAAAUAUCGUUAUAGCCUGGUGGCUGGGUCUUUUGCCGCUGGGGGAAGCUUUUUUGGAAAACUCCCCAGCCACCUCAGCGCACAGAAGUUACUGAAUACUUCAGAAAGUAUUUCAGGCUCUUCGUAUUUGGAAAUUGCUUUACUGCGUGUCCUUCCAUUGGUCCUUAUGAUAAUCUGCAAUGUUAGCAACUUGCGUUGCUUUUUGAAAGCUCUACAAAUGACUGAUCAAACGUUAACUUGCGUUGUUUUAACUGCGGCCUCCAAUUAUGUCUUAUCGUUUAUUUUAGGAGCACUGGUCUAUCAGGAACCGCUUACAGCCCUAUCUGGCAUUGGUAUAACACUAAUUCUGGCCGGUCUUUGGUUCCUUUGUGAUGGAGGAGCGGUUGAAACCUUGAAAAUGGAAGCCGAUAAGGAGAAAUAGUUGAAAAAAACAUAUUUUUAUAAUGUCUGUAAAAUACACUAAAGACUUCAUAUGGUUUUAUAUACCAUGUAUAUCUUUAAAAAUAAAUUAGUUUCAUUAAUCUGUAUCAGGACUAAAUUAAAAGUUAAGAAAAACAGAUCGUUAUCAAAUUGCAAUCAACUUAAUUAA